AUGGCCCCAAAAGCUGCAUAUGUGCCUCCAGCGGGCUUACGAACGCCGCUGGAGGACUUCACUCAGUAUGUUGAGCGUCAGCACAACAUCUCGAUUAAGUCCUACUGGGACCUUCACGAUUUUUCUGUCAACCGUAUGAACGAUUUCUGGAUGUCGUUCUGGAAUUUCGCUGAGAUCAAGGCUUCCCGGCACCCGACUAAGAUAUGUCUCGAUCUGUUCGACGUAGACGAGAGUAUACCGAUCGAUCAAUUUCCGCAGUUCUUCGAGGACGCACGACUCAACUGGGCGGAGAACAUCCUUUGUGGCAACGAUGAUGAUCUGAUGAUCACCAGCAUGAAUGAGACCACGUUGGACGAGCCUGAGAAGUAUACAUGGGCUGAUAUGAGACGGCUGGUUGCCGAGUAUGCGGAUGCUUUGAAGCGAGCUGGACUACGGGAGGGUGACUUUAUGGUUUCUAUCGGAAGCAACUGCGCGAGAUCAUUAGCCAUUCUACUGGCGUCUGCUUCGAUAGGCGCCAUCAUCGCCAACUUUGCUACUGACAUCGGGGAGAAAGCACUGAACGAUCGUUUAGAUCAGCUCCGACCAAAGCUCAUCAUUGCCGAGACUGAAUACUCAUACAACGGGAAAACGAACAACAUCGAAGCCAAAAUUACGAACUGCUACACUUCUAUCGCAAAGCAGACGCCAUGCUCCCUGAUCAUCAUCGGACCCGACAGCAAGAUAUCCUGUAACCACCCCACAUUCGACACUUUCACGGCCAGAUCCAAGGACGCCAAGCUCAUCUUUGAGCAAGUACCUUUCAACACUCCCAUACUGGUGAUGUUCUCAAGUGGCACUACCGGCGCGCCGAAAGGCAUUGUGCACGGCCAUGGCGUGCUGACCCUCAAUGGCAAGAAGCAAUUCCUCUUGCACAACGGCUUCGGACCGAACGAUGUGCAUAGCCACUUCAGCAACAUUGGCUGGACAUUGUGGAACAUCUCGAUCGGCGCACUGCUGUGCAAGACACCUAUGGUCCUCUACGACGGAUCGCCUUUCUACCCCACGCCAAAGAAACUCCUCGAAAUCCUUUUCUCCCAUGGUGUGACUGGCUUCGGCGCCGGUCCUCGAUACUACCAGGAGUUACAGAAACACAACAUCCUCCCCAAAGAGAUCCCAAACAGAGUCCACACAAUCUGCUCCACCGGCGCAGUCCUCACAUCAAGCCUAGCAACCUGGCUCGUCAAAGCUUUCGGCCCAGUAUGCCAAUUCCAAUUCUCCGGUGGAACGGAACUUUGCGGCAACUUCACCUCCGGAACACGCUCGUUGCCUUAA